AUGCCCAAAUUCAAACAACGAAGAAGAAAGCUAAAAGCCAAAGCCAAAAGAUUAUUUAAAAAAAAAGAAGCCUCUCAUUUCCAGUGCAAGCUAAUUAUACCUCCCCCUCCUCCACCACCCUCACCAGAAAGAAUGGUUAUUUCUUCAGCAGAUAUACGCCAUAGCAGAAGCUGGCUAAGGUUAUCCUGGAACUUCAAAUUUCUCAACAUCAAAGACACAAUCAAACUUUGGACAAAUAGAGUGUGGUCUAUAUAUAGCUGGUGCCAGAACUGCAUGGCCCAGAGUUUAGACGUAUUGAAAGAUGCCAUCUUUCCAUCCCAUACCUGCCACCGAGAACUUCACAAUCUAAAACAACAGUUCUGUAUUUUGGAAAGUAAAUUAUGCAAGCUCCAGGAAGCAAUGAAGACUGUCUCAGAAAAUUCUUGUCCAAGCUGUGGUCACAUGUGUCCCAUGAGUGGUAAACUUACAAAUGUGGCCACUGGAGAAUCCCGGGCUGUACUUCCUUCCUCACUGCCACAGCCAGCCAGCCACCUUCAUCCUCCUCCACCUCCUCCUCCUCCUCCGCCUCCUCCUCCACCACCACCUGCACCUUUGCUGCUCAGAAAAUCGGAUCCCACUAAAGCACUUCAGGCUGGACCACUAAAAAAGGAUGGACCCAUGCAGAUAACAGUUAAAGAUCUACUGACCGUAAAAUUAAAGAAAACACAGAGUUUUGAUGAGAGGAGGAAGCUUGUAUCAUCGCCAAAGGCACGGAAUCCACUGGUUACUGUCUCUGACCUGCAGCGUGUUACCCUGAAGCCUAACUCCAAAGAGUUAUCCAAUCGAAUUGCAAAUGUCUUAAUUAAUCCUGGUAAAAGCCAAAUAGAUCUGCGGAAACUGCUUAGAAAAGUUGAUGUAGAGAGGAGCCCAGGUGGAACCCCUCUUACCAAUAAAGAAAAUACAGAAACAGGAACUGGACUGACCCGAGUAAUGACCCGGGCCUUGCGGAGAAAGUCUCAGCUGGCUCAUCCUAGAAGCCCAACUCAAACUCUGCCACUUUCCACAAGCAGUUUUGAAGAACAGAACUGAUGCCAACUCUGCC